AUGAGUACUGACAUCAAGCAGAUCACUACCGGCAAGGUCUACAAGCACGUUAUCGAGAAGGAGCGCCGUGGUGACUACCUCGGCCGCACCGUCCAGAUUGUUCCCCACCUCACAGAUGCCAUCCAGGACUGGAUCGAGCGUGUCGCUCGAAUCCCCGCUGACGACAGCAACGAGGAACCCGAUGUUUGCGUCAUCGAGCUUGGUGGAACUCUUGGAGACAUUGAGAGCGCUCCCUUCGUAGAGGCUCUGCGUCAGCUGCGUCGUCGUGCUGGCAAGGACAAUUUCCUUCAGAUCCAUGUCUCCCUGGUCCCUGUCAUUAACGGUGAGUUGAAGACCAAGCCUACUCAGCAGGCUAUCCGUGAUGUGCGCUCAGCCGGUUUGAGCCCUGACCUGAUUGCGUGCCGUUGCGAGAAGGCGCUUGAUAAGGCUACCAAAGAUAAGAUUGCUAUGUUCUGCCAGGUCGAACCUGAGCAGGUCAUUGGCGUUCACGAUGUUGCCUCUACUUACCACGUUCCUCUCCUCUUGGAGCAGCAAGGCUUCCUUGUCCAGCUCCGCCAGAUUCUCAAGAUCGACGCCAUGACUAUCCCUCCGUCUUUUGUGAACAAGGGUCACAACACUUGGAAACAGUGGAAGACCCUGACCACUUCUCAGGAACAUGUUUAUGAGACUGUUAACAUUGCCCUGGUUGGCAAGUAUGUCGCCCUUCACGACUCGUAUCUGUCGGUCAUCAAGUCCCUGGAGCACUCCGCCAUGGCUUGCCGCAGAAAGCUCAACAUCAUCUGGGUUGAUGCUUCCCACCUUGAGAAGACUACCGGAGAAGCCAACCCAGAAGCAUACCAUAAGGCCUGGCAUGAGGUUUGCACAGCUGAUGGUAUCCUUGUCCCUGGUGGAUUUGGAACCCGUGGUACCGAGGGUAUGAUUGCUGCUGCCAACUGGGCUCGUACCAAGGGCAAGCCCUACCUUGGUAUCUGCCUUGGCAUGCAGACUGCUGUCAUUGAGUAUGCCCGCAAUGUUUGCGGUAUUACUGGUGCAGGCUCUGUUGAGUUCGAUGAGCGCACCUCGGACCCUGUUGUCAUCUCUAUGCCUGAGAUCGACCAGGUCAACCUUGGCGGUACUAUGCGCCUUGGAUCUCGCCCCACCUUCUUCCAGGAGGGCACUGAGUGGUCUAAGCUCCGCUCUCUGUACGGACUUAACCGUACUUCCAUUGAUGAGCGUCACCGUCACCGGUACGAGGUCAAUCCCCAAUAUAUCGACCGUCUCCAGGCUGCCGGACUGCACUUUAUUGGCAAGGACGACAAGGGCGAGCGGAUGGAAAUCAUUGAACUCAAAGACCACCCCUGGUUCGUCGGGGUUCAGUUCCACCCCGAGUACUUGUCUCGAGUUCUUGCUCCCAGCAAGCCCUUCCUUGGCUUUGUUGCUACUGCUGCUGGGGUCUUUGACGAGGUUAUGAAGAAGUCGCAGGCCAGGGAGGCAGAGUUGGCGAACGGUAUUUCCGAAAUCAUCAUCUAA